GAAAGAUCGUAGCAAGGUCAGACCCUCCCUGUGGACAGAGUUAGACACCCUCUUUUAAAGCCCCCUGCCAUCAGAUCCAAGCGUGAGAUGUCAGAAACGCCGCUGUCCUCAGAACAGAGGCUGAGUGAUUUCAGCUACAGACAGUGCCAGGAGGCCCAACACGUGAACCUAUCUCUGCUCUGUCCACCCAGUCUGCAGGAACGACUUGUCAGAGCAAUAUAGUGAUUGGCUGUCGUCGUCACAGGUUAUAAAAGCCUGCGCCUCUAGGGUGAACAUCACAACAUGUGGCUGCUUUUGCUGCUGGGUGUCCCGCUCUCAGUCACUACCGCAGAAAGCAAUGUGACCAUUCUACCCACAGCCUUUCUCCAUGACCUCCUGCAACGCUAUGGAGACAAUGAAGUCCUUGUGCUACACCAGCUGAAGGCUCUUCUCAACCGGUUGGACAUUGGUGUUGGGAGUGCCAGCAUACCACAUGGCCACAGCACCAACAACCUUUCCAAGUGCUUUUCCUCAUCACAGCUUUUUGCAAUUCACAACCUCAACAACAACAGCAGGAUAGACAGUGCCACCUUCAAACACAUCUGUCCAACAAUCCUCCAGCAGCUGGAAAGUGGAGCAUGUGCUGCAGAAAAGCAGGAGAAUGAGGAGGAUGAGGCCACUGUUCUCUUAAAGCCCACACCCUCGGAGGUCUGGGGCUAUGGUUUUUUGUGUGUGACAGUCAUAUCUCUCUGCUCUCUGAUCGGGGCCAGUGUGGUACCAUUCAUGAGGAAAACCUUUUACAAGCGACUGCUGCUGUACUUCAUCGCCCUGGCAAUAGGCACUCUCUACUCUAACGCCCUCUUUCAGCUCAUUCCUGAGGCCUUUGGAUUUGACCCGAAGGAAGCUGAUUAUGUAUCGAAAUCGGCAGUGGUCUUUGGAGGAUUCUAUCUCUUUUUCUUCACAGAGAAGAUCCUGAAGAUGGUGCUCAAACCCAAAGAGAAGGGGAAAGCUCCAAAUCACACUCACUACCGAGCUCAGCAAUAUGCCAGCAGGAGUGAUCAUGAGGAUGGAGUGAUGGAAAAACUCCAGAACGGAGAUCUGAAUCACACCCUGUCGAGCCAUGGUGAAGAUGGCGACCGCAGGAUUUUCUCUACAGAUUCCACAGAGGGAGAGCCAGCAAUCACUGGGGCCUUGUCGGUGCAGGAUCUCCAGCAGACAGUAGGAGGGCCCUGUUACUGGCUUAAAGGUAAUCAUUACUCUGACAUUGCGACUCUGGCCUGGAUGAUCACUCUCAGCGAUGGACUGCACAACUUCAUCGAUGGCCUUGCCAUUGGAGCUUCCUUCACUGUCUCUGUCUUCCAGGGAAUCAGUACCUCGGUGGCCAUUCUCUGUGAGGAAUUUCCUCAUGAGCUUGGUGACUUUGUGAUACUGUUGAAUGCUGGCAUGAGCCUCCAACAAGCUCUCUUCUUUAAUUUCCUGUCGGCCUGCUGCUGCUACCUGGGUCUCGCCUUUGGUAUCCUCGCUGGCAGCCACUUCUCUGCCAACUGGAUCUUUGCUCUGGCUGGUGGAAUGUUUCUCUACAUCGCACUGGCAGACAUGUUCCCAGAGAUGAAUGAGGUGAGCAAAGGAGAGGACGGGGAGGAGUCGACCUCACUGUUGGUGUUUGGCAUCCAGAACGCUGGCCUGCUCACUGGAUUUACCAUCAUGCUGCUGCUCACCAUGUACUCGGGCUCAAUCCAAAUCGGAUAGGCUUCGGCCGGCCCUGGGACAGAAUGGGCACCCAAAGCCAUGGCAGCUCGGAGGGGAGGCAGGCAACAUUCUCAGCACAGACACCUACAGAGAGGCACAAUAGCUGGCCCAGUCUUAAGAUUACCACAACAAAGGUAGCCUAUCUUUUCAAAACCUGCUCUUUGUAAAAGGUGAUCUUCUCAGACUACUUAGCAACAAAUUCAUUCCAGUUCACUCAUAGUCCAAGAAGCUGUUUCUCGUAGGGUUUAGAAGUCCAAGUUUCCCCUCUACAAUCAGUGUUAUGUGGCAUUGUCUGAAUUGGUCAUCAGUCUUAGGCCUUCCAAGUCAAGAUAAGGAAACAAGAACAAUCUCCACGUGGAAUAAGCACAUUGGAGACAAAGGGAGAGGGAGUUAAGUUGCUGCCAGACUUUAACACAGGCCUCUCACAAUUAGAGCUAGGCAUCUUGUUCACACUAACGCACAGCAUUUUGACCAAACUUAUCUUGUCACUCCAAGAUCUUUAACAAUAUCAGUUGGACAAAGUCUGAUUGGAGGGGACACUUGCAUCAGGUUACUGGGAAAUCCCAGCUCCUCACAGGGACAUCAGAGCCACAGGAGAACCCAGCACAGGCCUGAACAGGCCUUAAAGCCAAAGAUCUUGUGGCCCUGUUUUUAUCCACUUGUGUUUCUUCCUCUUAAUCCUCAUGACCCUUUGAAAAUCAUGGUGCUGAUUCCACUGGUAUCUCUGUGGGAGGGUCUGUCAUGUCUCCUAUCUCUUAGCACACAGGUAGAGAGGGAUGAUGUUCAGUGGUCAACCGGAAGUCUUGAGUAGAUCCGAGAAAGAGACUUGCAACCAAAACAUUUCAACUUGGACUUUAUCAGGACAGACAAAAGAAUGCCGAAUUUCAGGGGGAACAAGGUGUUACACUGCAUGAGAAGUGGGUGCCAGUUCAUUGGCAAGUGGACACUGAUCAGUAAAGGUGUUGCCAUUAGAGAUUGGGGAACAGUUAACAGCCAAGCCUUUCUGCACAUGAAAAGGAUUUAAUUCCCAGACACAUUCUUUCGGCUGGUGAAGUUCAGAGUCCUGCACAUGAACAUCAGGAAGUGAACCUCACUGCAAGCCUGUGUGGUAAUUGGUGGGUACAGUUAUUCUCGGCUCACACCAGGAUUGUUCAGCAAGUCCUGUUCAGUUGUGAAACUACACCUAACGAUGGGUGUAAUGUUCCGAGUUCCGCAAAAGCACAGGUACAACUGUUUCCCUUUACAUUCUCCGCGGAAACACCUUCACCAACGUUUUUCCUCAAGCCGUAUAAAUUGUUGUUCCCUUUACGCUGAUUGGCAUGCUUACUCUGUCCUGAGAUAUACAAGAUGAGAUGUUUUCUCAGCACGUUUAAUUAUUUCAGCAGUACUCUGAACCACCAAGAGGCUUCCAAAUCUUGUUUUGAUGGGUCACUUAGAGGACUGUGUGUGUGGUGGUGGGUGCUGGCAGUGGUGGACGCUGGCAGUGGUGGACUGAGGGGAUUUGUUCAUAACCCCUCCUCUUGAUGAUUCGAUUCAUGGAAGUUGAAGUUCCCAGCCCAGCACUGAGCACCUCCUUGGUCUGCAGUGUUACAGUGAAUGAGUUCAUUGUUGUGCUGUGCUUUCUCUGUCAGACUGACUCCCUGCAGCGCUUAGAUUUUCCAAAGAAAUAUUGCCAGCUCUGCAUAUGUGGGGCUUUAUUUAAUCUGUUCUCCAUCUCUCUCUGUUCCCACACUCGGUCAUCACUCACCCACCAGUAUGAACUGGUCAAAGGUCAGUCCGAAGAGUUCUCCAUAAGCAAUGUUGGCCAUAAAAAUUUCUAAUGGAAUCUAACUGUUGCAGUGUAAUCUGUUGGGUUAAUAUCAAGUACAUUUUGAUUCCAGACCUGACUCCCUCCUCCAGUCCCUGACCUUUCUCACAUCUCAAACCCUGACGUCAAACUCCUGAGAUAAGACCAAUUGCUUGAGUAGAGGCAGUAAAUGGAUCAGGAAGAGCUUGUGGAUGGACUCACUCUCCUCCCUGGGGAUGGAGUGGGGCAUGGGGGUCUUCCUGAUUCAGACCUGUCCUGGGAUAUCCACUCAUGUCCUGUGGGUCUGGUUACUAUUAGUUCAACAGCAUCUUCUCCUCCCUGAUUUGAAAUUCAGACAAUGAAGUGGAAUCAUAAGGAUAUCCAUGCCCCCAGUUUGUUGCAUCUGGGCAGCAGGUAUGCUGAUGAUGAGCUGUAUACACACAGUGGGGCUAUCCGGAGGGGGUGUAGGCUAAUCGGUGACCAAGGGACCUGAAGCCACAUAGCAAUGAACCAUUCGACAACAUCAGUCUGCUGAAUAUGAAAACAUGUUUAGCCCUGUGUUCCCCUCCUCACUGUAUUUAGAAGCCAUUUGUUGUAAUGUGAAAAUGUCUGAGCUUAAUGACACUAAACUAUACAACUUUGCAAUGAGGAAGAAACCAAAUACCCAGGUAUAGCCGUGCUGUUCGGAAUGAACCAACACAGAUUGCUGCUUCCAUGGUAUUUUCUGUCAAAUCAGCAAGAAUAUUCCUGGACCAUGUGGAAAAAUGUUUUCAAACAGAACGUUCUCUCAUUGCUCAAGUUGCAAUGAUGGAGACUGUGGGAUUUGAAUUUAGCUUACCAUCAGAGGAUUUAUUCUGUCUUUGAAAUUUAGAUGGCAGCACCUUGCUGAGAAAGGUACCUUAAAGCAGGGUAAUAAAUGCCCCUUACACCUGUCUGGAGGUGGGAAGGGAACACUCAUGGCUUUCCAGGACACCACACCUUAUCCCUCCACACCGUAAGGGGUAGUCAGCCAGGGGAGCUGCUAUAUUGGGGUAUGAUGGUUCAGGAGGUCCCAUUCUCCUGGAAAGUUGCGGAUUGACAGACAGUAGCAGGAUCCUCUGACCUCCAACAUCCAGCCUUUCUGGAAGGGCCCCUGACUUGGAAAGGUCUUUGCUGGAUCAAAGGCCCAUUCACAGCCGGGGCGGGGAGGAGGAGGAUCUGGCUCUGGGAACUGGCUACAGAGACUACGUCAUGUGAUAUGCACCACGUUCUCGAGGACUUGAUACCAAAAUGAUAAGCACACCUUACUGACCAUGGAUCAGGUUGUAAAUUAUUCACUGUACAGUACACUUAGGACUUGGAAGUUUGGAAUAAAAUUGAGCUGAUUGGUUGACUUGUA